AACAGGUUACCAGUAGAGAAAGAAUUUUAAGAAAAAUGGCAGAGGGUGAAGAGAAAAGAAAAGAGUAUUUUAUAAGGCUUUUGACAUUUAUCACUGGACCAGCCACAGAAACGCUACACCUUUACUUUGAGAUAAAAGUUUUAAACUCGUUGAACUUUUUUAUUUUCUUAGACAACCAUAAACAUAUCUUAGUUCAUGCAUUAUAUCCAUCUACUGAAUGCUGUGAAUGUAAAACACGUUCUCUGGGGGAUAUUAAGCAAAUAAGUCGUCUUACUACUAGUCAGUUUGAUUUAUUGUUUGAAACAGACGAAAGUAAAGAAGUCCAUGGUCAUAAAAGAAGAAAAGGACCUCAGAUAAAACAAAUAUGCCUAUGCAGUAUUUCGGCAAAACGAACAACUACUGUGGAUUUUAUGGAUAUAACACUUAUGUCUGCUGUAUUGAAGUCGUGUUGCCCACCUGGGUCAAUUUCUGGAAAUCCAGAAUGGAUAAAAGAUAUUAAAGAAACAAGAAAUCAUAUUGCUCAUUCGCCGAGUGAUAAAAUAUCGAAGACUGAAUAUGAUCAAAAAUUUUCUUUGAUUGAAGAAUCACUAUUGAAGAUAGCAGAUGUAGUAGGUCCUGUAUUUCUUAAAAUGACAAAAGAAAAAAUAUCUAUUUUCAAAGACAGUGAUCUGUCGACAAUUAUCACCAAAGACCUAAAGAAGAACAACAACGACAAUAUCCGUCAGAUUCUCGAAAUAUUUAUAGAAGAGCAAAACCGCACGUCUGAAUUAUUAGCACAUCAAACUAGGAAUUUAGCAGAGAAAACUGAAGCAAUGGAAUCCGAGGUAAUCAGCCGACUUGAAGAACAAAAAGAUAUCUCUGUUGCCAUACGGGAUAUUGUAUUUGAAGUCAAAACAGUGGUGCAAAGAGAACUACCAAAGGCUGCAGAUCCCAUUAAUAAAACAGUUUCGCAUGAUCAUGACGUAUGCUAUGUUGAAUGGAGGCUGGCAACACCGGGAAACUGGAAUGUAGAUAAAAUCAAGGAAAAAAUAGAAGAUAUUUCAUUCAUGAUGGGAAAAUGGUUUCAUAUAGUGUUUGUUUACAAGGGAUCACUAUUGAUUCAGACGACAGCUCCAAUGUUUUUGCUGCAAAACGACAAAUCUUUUGUAGAGGCUGUAGAAUCAUUUUUAAGACAUUUUGUUGACAUUUGUGGUCUUGAUAUGGAGGUUAAAACUAUUGUAAAAGUGGAACUUGUAGUAUCCAAGGAGAAAUUUGCAUCACAAUACUUUGUUCCAGAGAAGAUGGAAACAUCGAAGUUUGCAUGUGACCCCUGUUCCAGUAAGAUGGUUUCAUCAGAGGCUAUUCAAUACUGCUUUCAAUGUCAAAACAACCUUUGUCAGCAAUGUUUCAAAAACCACAACUUGAAUGCAGCGUUUUCGCAGCACAAUAUGACAAGCACCGGAACAUUAACUUUUGAAAACAAUUGUACCAAGCAUGAAAGUAUCACUCUUGACUUCUUCUGUGUGGAACAUGAUUGCUUAUGCUGUCAGGCUUGUAUAACAAGCAACCAUUCUUGCUGUCAGAAAUUGAUUCCUUUAGAAGAUGCAGCAAAAGAUGUAAAAAAAUCAGUUAUGUUUCAAGACAUAUCUUAUGCUUUAUCUAACAUUGCAACGACAUUAGAUAAAGCAAUAACAAAUCAAGACGAAAAUAUUAAAAGUCUUGAUGAUUAUGAUAAAGUUACGAUAUUCAAACAAGUUGCAAGCCAUAAAGCCGGAAUCAUUAACCGAUUAGACGAGCUUGAAGACAAAAUUAGACAAGAUUCGUAUUGCCUAAAGGAAGAACAAAAACUAAAAUCCGAAUCAAGUAAAAAAAAAUUAUUACAAAUAGCAAAACCAAUAAAACAAAUGUCCGAUCAAGUAGAUAUAGUACUCAAAUAUGGUUCAAAUAAGCAAAUGUUUGUUCUGCUUAAUCAAUAUAAAUUAGAAAUUUCAGACUACGAGAAUAAACUUGAGGAAAUCCUACCGUUUCUUCAGACAAGAAGGGUUACAUUUCAUCCACCAGACAACAUUAAGAAUACGUUUAUAUCUUUGGGAAUAACCAGACUAAGUUCUAUGCAAUACAAUGCCGAUUAUAAGCUACCUAAAAUGCAACAAGUUCAAAUUCCUUUAUUAGAUGCUAGUAUCAAAAAGUCAAAGAACUUUAAAUUACACCGUAAAAUAGAAAUAAAACGUCAUGAUGAUGUAUGGAUAAGCAGUAUGGGAAUAACAGAUGACAACCGUCUCUUACUCUGUAACUUCUAUGGUGAAAACGUCCUGGUAUACAGUGACAGUGGUGAUUACUUGCAGGACUGUAAGUUGUCUGGUGAACCAUGGGACAUAGCUGUUAUACCCGGUGCAGAAAAAGCUGUCGUUACUCAACCUCAUCAGCAGUCCAUACAAUUUAUCGACACUAAAACAAUGAAACCUGGUUCUACACUCUCUGUACCUGGUGAUUGUUACGCUGUCGCUAUUGUCAAUGACAAGAUUUGCGUUGGUGGACAUCAAGGAUACUUAUAUAUUGUUGAUAAACAGGGGCAACUUAUAACCACAGUGAAGGUAUCAGAUGCUGGUAGUAUAGACUAUCUACAUUCUGGUCCUCAUGAUAGUGUUUACUAUAUAGAUAGCACUCAUAUGGAUGUAACCUGUGUUGACCUGGAAGGACACCUCCAAUUUAAAUACACUUCGAAGGAUCUUAAACCACUUCGGUCUGUGAUUACAGACAAGAAAGGUAACAUGUACCUGACCGGUAACAGUUCUUAUAAUAUCCAAAGACUUACAUCAAACGGAAAAUUACUUGACGUCAUCCUGGAUGAAGGAAAUUUUAUGAAAUACCCUAUUGAUAUGGUCUUCAGUAAUGAUUGUCGAAAGCUGUUUGUAUUAAACCAAGACAAAAAUUACACAUAUGUCCUCGUUUUCUCAUGUUCAUAAAGAAUUUAAAGAUACUACAGCAAAACAUAAAAUAUGCUGUAUUUGCUUUGUACGGAAAUAAAAUUCAAUAAAUUUA